UGUUUCUUCUAGCCACAUCCACUGCUAGAAUAGAACUUGAACGUGAAAAACAACCCUUGGAAACUGUAGUCAAAGCUGUUAAAGCCCCAGAACCAACCCAGGUUGCACCUGAUGAACCACCUCGUUUCACCUCCAAACUUAAACCUAUCAUCGCUAAGGAUGGGGAUCGUGUCACCUUCCAAGUCAACUUUGUUGGUAAACCAUCCCCGGAAAUCAAUUGGUACUAUAAUCGCCAAAAGAUCACAACUAGCUCUGACUUUGAAGUCAGCAUUGAUGUUGAACAGGGCAGUAGCUCAUUGGUUAUUAUUGAAGUAUUCCCUGAAGACCAGGGUGAAUACAUGUGUACUGCCAGUAACAAGUAUGGUACAACUUCAACCAGCUGUACCCUUGUUGUUGAGA